CGACACGACUCGUCUACGACAAAACCAACCCCAUGCUGAUAAUCUCCUUUGACUCGAGCCUUACUCGCUAAGCAAACUCACCCCAUUAUUACUAGUCAGAUUCCAGCUAUACUCUACUCCCUCACAGAAACAAUGGAGCAGCCUCUGCUGUCAGAGCAACGAAGUGAAUCGGGGGAGAAGUCGAGUGAGAACUGGAGCUCCUACGAGUACGUGGGGAGAACCGGCUCUGUGAUUCCGACGGCUGCCUUGGCCGGAACUGAAGUCAGCGUUGAAGAGAUACGAUCUGCGGCGGCUUAUUCCGAUCACUACCCACCUUCUCUUCAUAGCGCUUUGGUUGGUUCGCCGGAGCCUGAUCUUGAUGAGCAAGCUGUUGUUUACCAAGGUGGAUAUGGAGGAGGUCCUGGCAGCACCACAAGUGAGCUUCAUAGGCAAACACUGGAUGAAAUUGAGAUACGAGAGUUGCUCAUUGAUCAUGUUGGCCAUAGAUGCUGUUGGGGAAGUCGUCCUGCUCGGACAUGGAAAAUUCAAAAAGUGGAAGAUUGCAACGUAUAUGUGGGAACACUAGAUACCUUCAUUGAGGAAAGGGAAACUGUAAGAGAAACAGAGCCAUACCUUGGUGGCAGUAUUGAUGGAAGGGAUAAGGGACCAGAACUGGGAAUCUGGGAAUUGGAUUUGAAGUCUCAAUUUCCUGUUUUAUUUAUACCUCAUAAAGAAUCACGGGAGAUAAUUCCUCAUUCAGAGUCCAUUGCAAAAUGCUCGGGUUGUGCUGGGGCAGGGGAUACUGUCUGUCCUUCAUGCAAUGCAAAUCAAGAGCCUGGAUUCUACAAAGAGAACCAGAUGGCUCAGUGCUCGGCUUGUCAUGGAAGAGGAUUACUUGCUCAUAAAGAUGGAUCUGACUCAAUAUGUGUGACUUGCAACGGGAAGGGACAAAUUCCUUGUGCAACAUGCGGAUCUCGUGGUUUGAUGAAAUGUUUGACAUGCAAAGGCAGUGGUUCUCUUCGUUCCCGCAAUGUUGCCCUUGUUAGAUGGAAGACACUUUCAACCAGAAAGGUAAGUGCAACAAGCGGAGCAGCGUCUGUUCCCGACGAAGUUUUCCACAGAGCCCAAGGAGUCCAGUUGUGCAACACACAGGCAUAUCAGUGCACUCCAGCCUUCUUUGCCGACUCUUACUUUCUCAACAAGUUCUCAUCGGAAGUGAUUGCCGACAGAGCUCAUGUGCCUCCCUCUGCUAGGGUCAUAAGCGAAAGGCACACCAUAUCCGUGGUUCCUGUGACGCGUGUCACAAUGGCUCAUCGCAGCCGACUGUUCAGUUUCUACAUCAUUGGGUUUAGCAGGGAGGUGUAUCUAAAGGACUACUAUCCCUCUCGGUUCUGCUGGGGCUUAUGCCCGUGCUUGGAGUGGUUGAAGUUGUAAACGUUCCAGAUAUACAUAUUGAAGAGUCGGACAACUAUACUGUAUCAUCAUCAUCCUAUCAUAACAUAUUUACUGGUUUUGGUGAGAAUAAAAUAAUGCUGCUACAUGAGUGUAGAAAUUUGAAAGGCACUGAGGAAUGGGGAAUAAUAUACUUAUGUAUGAGAUUCGUUUUCACUGUAAAGUCUAUUGUAGAGUCGUUUGUUACCGUUUGUCAAGGUCCUGAAUUUCUUAAAUACUAUGAAAAUGGAAGUUGGCCAAACUCCUUUUGUGAAAUUAGUUAUUUUUUUAGGAG